AUGUCUUCCUCCGACUACAAGUUUGAGGGCUGGUUGGGCCUUGACCCGUCGGCGGCCCAGGGAAAGAUGCAAUGGGGUGAAUACGAGCCGAAGCCAUGGGAGGAGACGGAUGUCGACAUCAAGAUCACACACUGUGGCAUCUGCGGCAGCGACCUGCACACUCUCCGCAGCGGUUGGGGACCAACAAACUACCCAUGCUGCGUCGGCCACGAGAUCGUGGGCACCGUCGUGCGCGUAGGAUCCAAGGCCGAAGGCGGCCUCAAGGUCGGGGACCGCGUCGGCGUGGGCGCGCAGAGCGACUCGUGCUUGGGCCGCAAGGGCGGCGACUGCGAGGCGUGCGCGUCGGGCAUGGAGAACUAUUGCCAGAAGCUGCACGUCGGCACUUACAACGGCGUCUACCUCAACGGCGGCAAGUCAUACGGCGGCUACGCGCUCUACCACCGGGCGCCCUCGCACUUUGUCGUCAAGAUCCCCGACGCCCUCAGCUCGGCCGAGGCCGCGCCCAUGCUCUGCGGAGGCGUUACUACCUACACUCCGCUCAAACACCACGGCGUCGGCCCGGGCAAGACGGUGGGCAUCAUCGGCCUGGGCGGGCUCGGCCACUUUGGCGUAAUGUGGGCGAAGGCGCUCAAGGCGGACAAGGUAGUCGUCAUCUCGCGGACGUCGGCCAAGAAGGAGGACGCGCUGAAGAUGGGCGCCGACGAUUUCAUCGCCACGGGCGAGGAGGCGGACUGGGCCAAGAAGCACGCGUCGACGCUCGACGUCAUCGUCUGCACCGUCUCGUCGUCAUCGAUGCCCCUGAUGCAGUACCUGUCGCUGCUGCGCUUCGACGGCACGUUUGUGCAAGUCGGCGCGCCCGAGGACGGGUUGCCGACCAUCCAGCAGUUCCCGCUCAUCUUCAAGCGGCUCAAUAUCACGGGUUCCGUGAUUGGGUCCCCCAGCGACAUCAGGGAGAUGCUGCAGCUGGCGGUCGACCAGAAGGUCAAGCCGUGGAUCGAGGAGAUCCCCAUGAAGGAUGCCAACAGGGCGAUUAUGGACAUGGAUGCGGGCAAGCCGAGAUACCGGUAUGUGCUGUACAACGAGAAGCCUGGUGUCUCGCGUUUGUAG